UAUAAAAGGAACCGUUUAAACUUUUUUGGAGUUUCAAGUUCACCUACUGAGAAACAUGGCAAAGGUGGAAGAUUGGAGCAAAAACGCAGACACCCACAAGAUGAGCCCCGAAGAGGUAAGAGCAGCAGGCGUGGAAGCAUCCAAGAGGCCACCAGGCCACCACCCUGGUGAAGUGCUGCACCAGAGACGCAAGCUUCCCGCCCCCAUGACUACCAUGACCAUUGGCGGCCUCCUCAUCACUGCCGCCGUAGGGUACUCCGUGUUGUACUACAGAAAAAAGCGUGAAGCCACUGCCCUUGAUGUUGCCAAGGUAGCCACAGGGGUUGCUGACCCUGAGGACACUCAUCCCAGGAAGUAGCAUGUGUAACAACUAGUUCUAAGUGCAACUUUCUUUCUAAUAGUGUUCUGGUUGUUGUUUAUGCAUGCAAGAAGAAAAUUAAUUAAACUCCUCUCUUGUAACAUUAAGAACUCCACCGUUAUGAGACAGAAAGAUUUCUCUUUCUUUUUUUUGUUUUUUGGAUAAAUAUCAUACAGAAACUUGAACUACAUCAAAUCUCACAAAAAAUUCAAUUUACAUUCUCCAAUAGUACAAAACUCCAUUGAACCAAGUCAGGAAGUUUGUAGAACAAAGGAAGAUGUGCAAAGCCGAGGAGCCUGAGGUGAGGUACGACCUCCACCACCAUUGGUGAUCCUUUCUGCAUAAGUGGAAGUAGCAGAUACACAAUGGUUUAUUUCAGCACAGAUGAUGAAGAGGAUAACGAAGACCAGAAUAGGAAGCCAUAGAUGUAGAAUAAUUGAUUCAGGCGAGAAUAAAAAA